AUGUCUUUGCCAAGAAAGGAGGAUGAUGAUCUAUCAAAAUAUUUUCCAUCAUCUUUUGGAAAAAAGUCUAAUUCUCCAUCAUCAUCCAAAUCCAUUGAUGCCUUUUCCCAAACAAGAAGAAAAGAACACGAGGAAGCUGACAAGUUUAUAUCGUCUGAACAAGAAUUACAAUUACUUCAAGCUAAACGUACAAAAAUUGAAGGUAUUGAACUUUCAAGCGUUGGGCGUGAAGAUAUCGAGAGCCAAGAGGAGGAAAAUAAUGAGGAUGAAGGAGACGAUUCGUAUGAUACUUUACCUAUUUCACAUGAAAUCAAAUUGAAUGAUCAUUAUAGAACCGUUUCGGCUUUGGCGCUUGAUCCUUCAGGAGCUAGACUUAUAACGGGUGGCUAUGAUUAUGAUGUAAAAUUUUGGGAUUUCGCUGGGAUGGAUACUUCUUUACGUCCAUUUAGAACCAUAAAACCAUGUGGUGAUCAUCAAAUUCACCAUUUGGAAUACAGUUUAAGUGGAGACCAAUUUUUAAUUAUAUCAGGGUCAGCACAAGCAAAAAUUUAUGACCGUGAUGGGUUCGAAGUGUAUGUAGAAGAGUAUAUCAAAGGAGAUCCAUACAUAAGAGAUAUGCGGCAUACAAAUGGUCAUAUAGCUGCUUUAACUUCAGGCGGUUGGCAUCCAAAUGAUAGGCAAACAUUUAUAACAGCAUCACAUGACAGUACAAUAAGGAUAUGGGAUGUAGAUAAUAAAAGAAAGCAGAAAAAUGUACUUGUACAUAAGUCAAAAGAGCGUGGUGGAAGGAGUGUCGUAACAGCAACAUGUUAUAGUCCGGAUGGAAGAUUUAUAGCUGGAGCUGCUCAAGAUGGCAAUCUAUUUAUAUGGGAUGCUAAAGGACCAUAUGUUCGUCCUUCUUACCUUAUUGAUAAAGCUCAUCAACCUCAUAGCGAGACAUCAUCCAUUUUAUGGUCUCGUAAUAAUUCAACUUUAGUAACAAGAGGUGGUGAUGAUUGUGUAAAAGUUUGGGAUGUACGAAAUUUUAAAAGCCCUGUUGUGCAAGCUAAUCAACUUACAACUUAUAAUACCGAAACCAAUGUUAUAUUCAGUCCCGAUGAGCGAAUGAUUAUUACAGGUACCGCGGUAAAGAAAGGAGAAGGUUACGGCAAAUUAGUAAUUAUGGAUCGUGAAUCAUUAGAUGUUGUGCGAACGAUAAGUAUCUCACAAUCUAGUGUCGUUAGAGUUUUAUGGCAUUCACGAAUUAAUCAGAUUAUCACUGGAAGUGCGGAUGGAUCAGUGCACGUAUUGUAUGAUCCUAAUGUUAGCGUUCGUGGAGCCAAACUCUGUGUUGUUAAAGUACCAAAGAAGAGGGCUGUGGAUGAUUACGAAAUAAAUCGUCCAAUUAUUGCACCACAUUCUUUAGCGUUAUUUAGAGAUGAUAGACCAAAAUCAACGAAGAGAAAGAGAGAGAAAUUACGAAAAGAUCCUGUUGCAUCACACAGACCCGACCUGCCUGUUAGCGGUCCAGGGAAAGGAGGCAAGAUUGGUAGCAGUUUGACGCAACAUAUCAUGAAAGAAUUGAUUAAAGAUACCACUAGAGAUGAGGAUCCAAGAGAAGCUUUGUUAAAAUACGCAAAAGUAUCAGAAAGUAAUUGA